GACAUGUCGUCACCAGCACCUGAUUCGACCUGACCUUCCAGGUCUUACUCCAUCUUCGCUCCCCUUUGUCCCCCUACCAUUUGUUUCUCAUCAUUCUCUUAGAAAUUGAAAGAGAAGACGGGAAAAGGAGAAGAGGAAGAGGAGGAAAUCAUGGGAGAGGAAGAGCAGCAGCAGUUGGUCAGGUGGGAGGGCAAAUUGAGCGCCACCAUUGGUGGGGCCACGGCGGACCAAGUAUGGCCCCUCGUCGCCGAUUUCUGCUCCCUCGACCGCUGGUUUCCCAGCGUUCACACCUGUCGGCUGGAAGGUGGAGUCGCCGGAGAGCCCGGCUGCGUUCGCUACACCGCCGGGAAGGGCAUCGAAUCUGCGGAGGGGGAGGGCGUCGCGUGGGCGAGGGAGAGGUUGGUGAGCAUCGACCGCGCGGGCCGGAAGCUGAGCUACGAGAUCACGGAGAACAACAUCGGGUGGGGUCAAUAUGAGGCGGAGAUGGAGGUCAUCGAGGGCGGCGGCAUGACGGAGGAUGGAGGAGGGUGCCGGAUCGAGUGGUUGUUCAGGAUGGAGCCGGUGGAAGGAGGGAGCGAGGAGGGAGUGGCGGCUUACCUGGGGCAUACUUUGGAAGAGAUGGCCAAGAGGAUGGAGAAGUUCCUUCUCCACACUCCAGGCGGUGCUCAGGAGUAGGGACCUGGUAAUGGUGGCCGGCUGCCGGCGGUCGCUCUCCUCCGCCUUGCUGUUCGUUGGUCAUCUCUCUCUCUCUCUCUCUCUGUAUUUUGGGAUAAUGUGCUUCUGUUCGAAGCGACUGCUUGCUGGGAAACAGAUAGACAAAUUAGGAUCUUUAAAGUUUUACAUAAGGAAAAAUCUUACAUUUUUCCGGUAGUUUAAGUUUCUUAUAUGAAUAGUUGUUUAUGUGCACACAUGAAAAAGGAUAUCCAAUAUGAUCAUUAUGCCCUCCUCA